UACAUUUUGUUUUGUCGUUUUCUUUUCCUAAAAUCUGUUCUUAGGAUUGAUUGUACUGCCAACAGAAGAAUUGUGCUGAAUACCAGAAGACAUUGUGCGCAAAUGCAGUCGCACGUGUGCUGCUAGUUUUAUCUCUCGGACGGAGUGGGCUGCAGCAUUAAUUAAUGGUGUAAUGAGUUGUUUGAGCAUGCGGUGCGUCUUGUCGGCGCCCGUCAGAAGUAGCGAACUUUAAAGGAUCAGGUAGCGCGCACCUGCGGAGCGCAAUAAAAGGAGAUCGUGUCGGUCAACUUACGUCACUGCUGGAACGCCCCAGGGAUUCCCGGGAAGGCUUCGACUCGCUCAUUUCUAGUUACUGUACAUUCAUGGCCACGGUGCGGGAGAAAGCGGCUGCUUUGAAUCUAACCGGGAUUGUUUACAGCCCGAUGCACCGUCCCCCAACUGACUCUGCCAUGGCUCACAAGCCUUUCAGGGCAACAUUUAUCUGGAGUAGCAUCAUCAGUACCCUUCAGUCUCAAGUGGAGGUUAAAAGGAGGCGCCACAACUUGAAAUAUCACAAUGACUGCUUUCUUGGCUCUGAUGCAGUUGAUGUGAUCCUGGCACAUCUUGUACAGAACAAGCUCUUUGGAGAUAUGGAGAUUCCUAGAGCAAAAGUGGCACGUGUGUGCCAGGCUCUUAUGGACUACAAAGUGUUUGAGGCAGUGGAUACAAAGGUUUUUGGAAAAGACAAAAAACGGUCUAUGUUUGAGGACAGCAGUUGUAGCUUAUACCGGUUUCUAAAUGGAUACAAUCCACCAGGGACCCCUUUAACAAAUGGAAGUGACUCUCCAAGCUACCAGAGGAAUGUUUUAAACCGAACAUGUCGAAGGCAAGAAGAAUCUGUACAUUCGUCAUCCACCCCUGUCAAAUCUGACCAGUCUUUGGAGGAUCUCCUAGGCAAUUUGAAUCUAAAUGCAGUAGACAGCUCAGCGUUGAACUCUUUACCUCUUGUCCAAGAUGUUUGGCGAGAGCAGACCAUCCUGCGUCUUUUACAGUUGGUGGAUCUUCCUGUGCUUGAUACGCUGCUAGAAGAAAAAGGAAGAGGCCUGCAGAUGAGAAAUGCACAGAGUGAACCUAACUUGGUCUGUAGAAGCAAUUACUUGGACCGGGAAAUCCUUAAAGCAUUUGGUGAAUCUCAUGCUGAUGACUGGCUGUCUGCUUCAAUUGACUGUCUAGAGUACCUGCCAGACCAGGCAGUUGUUGAAGUUAGCAGAACCCUUCCUGCAUGUCCUGAAGAAAUGGAAAAGUGCAAAAGACUUCUUUUUAAUGCAAUUGUUCAAUAUUACAACCAAAACAGAGAUCCACUUCUGACAAAUCAUUAUUUUGAUAUCCAUACUGGAAUUGCAGAGCUGCUGGUAAAUGGCAAGUCUGAGCAGGCAUUAGAAGCUCUACAACUAUGCUUAAAGUUGCUGGACUCUCAGAACAGAGAAGAGUUUAGAAGACUGCUGUGUUUCAUGGCGGUUGCUGCAGAUCCUGCUGAAUUGCGACUUGAAAAAGAGAUUGAAAAUAGGAUGGCAGUUAAAAGAGCCUUUUCAAAGGCAAUUGUUAAACACAAAAGCCUUGCCAAGGGAAAGGUAGAUCUUCUAGUACUGUUCCUGUUGGACAACCAAAAGGAUGUAUUUAAGAUUCCAGGAUCUUUGCAUAAGCUUGUCAGUGAUAAACUUUCAUUUAUUCAGCAUGGUCAGGACCCUGAUGUGUGCACAGGUUACACUUUCUGCCAAAGACUUUCUGGUCAGGAAUACUAUGGCAGUACUAGGAAAUCUACAAAUGAUGAACUCUGGAAGCUACUUCGCACAAUCCAUGAAAACCCAAAGAUCUCCCCCAAAGAAAAGAAACGGUUACUAGGACAAUUUUACAAAAGCCAUCCAGACACUUUCAUUCAAUAUUUUGGGGACCGGAUUUCGACAGUGUAUACGUGAACUCUUAAUGUGUGUGGGUUUUUUUUUUAGGUCUUGUACAUAUGUAAAGUUUUUUUUGUAUUGUGAAUAAUAAAUUUAUUUGGAAGAAUCUUCAGAUA